ACGCCACACCUGUGCCAUCCGCCCCUCAGCACAAGACCUGCACCCCGUAACACCACUAGUCAGCCGUCCACCACCACACCACCACCACCACCACCACCACCACCACCACCACCGGGCCGCAGAGGAGAGCACAAGAGAAAGGAGACAGAAAAAAGGGCCACUUCACAUGCACAAGGCAAUUUAGGAGCCCCGCACCUGAACACAUCCUAAAAAACACCUUAAAGAACCCUUAAAGAACCCAAAAACAAACCUAAAACACCGCAAACCAAUCCUAAACACACCAAAACACCCCAAAACACAAAAAAACACAUCACAACACAAAACACACUAAAAAACACGAAACCAACCCAAACAACACCCAGAAACACCCCAAAGCACACCCCACAACACCCACUACCAUGGCCCACACCUCCUCCCUGGCCCUCCUCCUGGCCGUGGCGUGUCUGGCGGGCGUGGCCACCUCCCGCAUGGCUUGGGUCUUCCCUGCUGACUAUGAAUUCGUGGUGGGCCAGGUGGUGCAGCAGUUCACGUGCGAGGGGCGUCCCUAUGGCUACUACGCCGACGUGGACAACGCCUGCAGGGUUUUCCACAUUUGCCUACCCAUUCCUGACAACUCUGGCCAGGUGGUGCAGACAGCGCACUUCUCCUUCAUCUGCGGCAACCAGACCAUCUUUGACCAGGAGACCCUCACAUGCAACCACCCUGAGUACGCCUUCCCGUGCGAGCAGGCGCCCACACUCUACGACUCCCGCAACGCUCUCUUCGGCCUCGUGGACCAAGAGUUUUUAGGCCUGUCACUGCUGUCCCUCACUCCUCGGGUCCUCUGAAUGUGCUGUUUCCUCUGCAAUGAUGAAUGUUAGGGAUGUGUCGUGUUUCCUGUCACUGUCCUAGGAAGAUUUUUUUUUUAAUGUUUCCUCAGAUGCAAUACUUAGUUUUAAACUCUUUUACUGCUACUGUCACCUGCCAAUAUCCAAAGAAGUGAAAAAAAAGUUUGCAAGGAUAGAAAGAGAGAAAGAGAAACGAAGGAAUACCAGGUUAAUUUUGUUUCUUCGUGGCUAAGGCACUGUCUAAGGAAUACUUACAAAAAAUAAGGGCCGUUAAAUUUACAGAUAAUCAUGGGGGAAACUCGUCUAGCAGUGAAAGGGUUAAGAUUGUGUUUGUUUUCCCUAUUGCUCCGUCCUAGGAAGGUUUUCAUGUUUUCUCCUAUGCAAUGAUGAGUCUAAGAAAUGUGUUUGGUGUUCCCUCGGUUUUCUAAAAGGUUACGUUUUAUGUUAUUUACUGGUGAGUUUUAGAAGCGUGUUGCGAUUUUCUAUUACCGAGUUUCUGAGAACGUUAUCUGUUCCCUAUUGACUGAGAUCAAGAAAUGCAAUCCGUUUUCUAUCACUGAGUUCUAGGAAUGGUAUCUGUUUCUUACUGGUGAGCUGUAAGAACGUUCUCCGUUUUCUGUUACACUCAAACUGCCUUGUUGAGCUUUUGUAUAGAGUUCCGUUUGUGUGUCUGAGUGUCUGUGUGUCUGCUGCAUCCUUCUCCCGCUCUCUGUGUAAAGUUUGGUAACAUUAGUGGUUUUGUUCUGUUAUUUAAGAAUGUGAUCUCUUGCUUCCUCAUUCUCUUUAUUUUCACUGUUAUUUUCAUUUUCGGUUUUUAAUCUCCUUAUUUUUUUCUGUUUUGUUCUUUAUUCCUCUUCGUUUCUUUUCUUGGGUUUAUUAUUUCACUGUAAUUUUUCUCUGUAUUGAUUAGAAGUGCAUGUGAUCUCUCUCUCUCUCUCUCUCUCUCUCUCUCUCUACUCUCUCUCUCUCUCUCUCUCUCUCUCUUCUCUCUCUCUCUCUCUCUCUCUCUCUCCUCUCUCUCUCUCUCUCUCCUAAUUCCUUUCUUCCUUCCUCGCCUUUCUCUUCUUUUUGUUCCUUCUCUUCCUCUUGUGUACAUACAAAUGAAGGAGGAAGCGUGAGUGCGUAAUCUUAUACCUUUCAAUACCUUUCACUCCUUUUUUUCCCUCCUCCUCCUCCUCCUCCUCCUUCUCCCUCCUCCUCCUUUUUUUCAUGUAUGUCUGUAUCCUCCUUCUCUGUUUUCACCAUCAACACCACCACCUGCUCCUAUUCCCUAUUCUCCUCUUCCUCCUCCUCUUCACAAUACAUCUUUUCGUGAUAAUCAACAUUACUUUCUAUUUCUUUUUUUUAUACGAUCUAUUUUUUCUCUUUUUUUUUUCUCUCCGUUGUAUUGCAUGUGAGGUUUUCCCGGUUAAUGUUUAAUUUAUUAUUUCCAAGAA